ACUAACCAACAGCUGUUGCACGCGGAGGCACAGAUGGUUCAGCUGGUGCAAGGGCUGUCCGAAAGACAGUUGCUCCACUGCGUGAACAUGAUCGUGCUGUCAGACCACGGGAUGGCAGCGGCAGGGAAGGACCGGGUCAUUAACCUGCAAGAGUACGUUCCCGAGCUGGAAGACGUGGCGCUCGCCUACUUCGGCGCCGUCGGCAUGUUCAGCCUGAAGGAGGACAAUGAUGACAUGAGACACGAGAUCAUGAGCAACUUGUCCUGCAAGAGGCCGGACAUGCGCGUGUACAGUCCGGCCGACCUGCAGAGGUUUCACUUCAGUAACAACCGCAGGAUCUCAGACGUCAUCGUAAACCUCGACGCCGGGAAAACCGUCACGACCAACACCUCUUGGUUCCGGGGCCACCAUGGCUAUGAUAACUACUUCAAGGAAAUGAGGGCACUCUUCGUGGCCUACGGCCCGGAUUUGCAACAGGGCCUGGAGAUCGAGCCCUUCCAGAACAUUGAGCUCUACAACCUCAUGUGUCAGCUGACGGGCGUGGAGCCUGCAGAAAAUAACGGCACAUGGGGCGCCCUCAACCACGUUCUCGCCCAGCCGCCGCCCACGCAACAACUGCAGCAGAAAUGGCUUUCAUCACUCAAGCUGACACAGACGCAAGAGCUGGAGUUGGAGGAAUACCACCUUCCGUGGGGCGUCCCUCACACCGGCAGCUUGCCUCUGUCACUCAAGCUCUUACUCCAUCACGACCACGUCACAGGAUACUCAGAGAGACUGAGGAUGCUGUGGACCAGCUUCACUGUGAAGGAAGGAUACCCGGGAACAGAUGGCGCUUCUUGGACCGCCGACGUCCGGCUCGCCUCGACGGCUGCGCCAUCUUGCCCCGAACUCCGGGAAUUCACUAGCCAGGGCUUCGCCGCGGAACCCCUCUUCCCUCCCGCCUUCUCUAGAAAUGCAAGCCUUCCAGAGGUGCCUUUCCUCACGAGCAAUGCCCUCGCCAUGAGUCCAUCCUUGGCAAAAAGGUGGAAAGUCUUACUGGAGGAGCUGAUUCCUGCCUGGGUCUCUGCACAUGGCACCCUCAACGUCGUUCUUGGACCUGUCUUUGAUAACAACACAGACUCUCUGCUUGAUGACAUCUCAAGGCUUAGAUCACCUGAAAUUCCAUCAGAUCUGUUUGCCAUCGUGACUCGUUGCAAGAAACACGUGAAAUCCCUUAACCUGUGUCUGCCUGAUCAGCUGGAUUCUCUCAGCUUUAUAUUUUCACAGUCUCAGUCAGUCAGCAAUUGCCUGACUACAGAGAGGUAUACCUUGGAGUUUAGUGGGCGCGCGAAGGAUGUGGAAAUGGCGACUGGGCUAAUGUUCUUCCCUUCCUUGACCUUCAGAGAUCGCCUCAGUGUGCUUUUGCGGACCAGUUCUGUUCUCUGGUCAACAGUUUAGUUGGGAUGACUCAGUUUGUUGAAUUACAAUCAUAAAUUGUC